AUGAAUAUGAAGUAUGUGAUCGUGCUUGUCAUUGCAAUUGCAGCAAUCGCAGAAGGUGCAGAAUACACUGUAGGAGACGCCAUGGGUUGGAUGGUUCCUCCUACACCUGAUUAUUAUGAUAAAUGGGUUUCCAAGUAUAACUUUGUCGAGAACGAUACUCUAGUGUUUAACUUUGAACAAGGAAAGCAUGACAUCACUGUACUAUCCAAGGAAGACUUCGACUCCUGCAACAUGAACAAUCCCUUGUUUCAAUUUCCAGAACCAGGUGAUGUUGGGGUUAUGGCCAGCGGCACAUUUUACUUCACAUGCAGCUUUGGUGAGCACUGUGCUAGCGGGCAAAAGUUCGCCAUAUUUUUUGCCUCUGCACCUGUGCCUCCCAGUCCAAGUCCGUGUCCGAAGGAAUCUGUUACUACCGAUCAAUUGACGCAGUCCCGGAAGUUCAAGGAAAUAUCAGUAACUAGGAAGGUUGUAGGCUUGUAG